AUGGAAUCUCGUCGGCGCAAAACAUCGUUGACACCGCUAUCACCGGAGGAAUAUCGUGCGGUGGCCUGUUGGAUGCGAGAAUUUACUUUAUCGAAGCCCAUCAAAAACAUUUCCCGUGAUAUGUCGGACGGUGUUAUGGUGGCCGAAAUCUUGAAACAUCUCUUUCCCAAGAUGGUCGAACUGCACAACUAUGCGCGCUGCAACUCGACACAAAACAAGCUGAGCAACUGGGAAACGCUUAACCGAAAGGUGCUACGCCGCCUAAACAUCUAUCUGGACGAGCGGAUGAUGCAGGAUUUGGCCUGUGGAAACAAUGGUACCCUGGAAAUCCUACUGCACGAGCUGAUGAUUCGUCACGGGCAAAUGAAAGACAACGGCGAUAACGAAAUAAAUCCGUCAUCUCAGCAACCAUGUAUCAUGUUACGAUAAACUGCGGAACUGGAAGUCACCUUACUACUAGAAGCCGUACAAGAUUUUCGAUGAAUAAAAUAUA